UUCAGAUGAAUGCCAGGACCCAAGGUUUCCAAGCAGAACACUACAUUGUAACAAGAUGAUCAACUGAAUGUUAUUCAUUUCAGCUGUCGGUGGUUUUAAUGUUUUGGCCAAUUUUCAGAUCAGACUUUCCAGUCUGUCCUGGUCACUCGACAUCCUCCUUCACCAGUACCUUCAUCCCAAGUCUAGCACCCUGAGACUGUACAAUAAGUGAAACAAGGAGGGCAGAGGACUGGUGUGAUUCAAAGCCACUUCUUCAAUCUGUCGGUGGUACACACCGUGCAUGGACUUGUUGCUGCUUGAGGUAUUCACUCGGGGCCAUCUUCCUGAUGCAUUCCUGGAUCUUGGUUGUUUCGUCCCAGACAGUGGCUCUGAUGCUCACCAGUCCUUAAUGUACAGUCUCAGGGUUCUGGACUGAAACAGUGGCCUCUAUAUCCUCUUUUGGCCAGCUUAUUAUAUCAAACUCAGAGUCUUCACUAAAUGGCCCUAUUGACUACACAGGGAUCAAAUGACCAGGACAGACAGGAAGUCUCAACUAGUGGGUGGUUCAAAGAUACAGGUCUGGGAGACUAUGGACCCAUAAAAGCCAAAAGUGAGUGAGUGCCACUCAAAUCACAUCUAGAACUCAGCUUGUGUUCAUGUGCUGAACAGAUUAAUUUGUCAUCAGAUGGGAGGACUGUUAAAGAUUUACCAUUGACACAAAUAAGCUCGGAUAAAAGGAAAAAAACAACCAGGAAAGAGCAACAAGAUGGAUGCGAUUUCUCGACCAGAACUGUUUGACUUUCAAGGAAUCUGGUUGACGCACUAUUAUACAGACAACUGGGAGAACUUUGAAAACUUUCAGGCCAGGCCAGAUGAUAUACUUAUUACAUCAUACCCCAAAGCAGGAAACACCUGGGUCGCCUACAUCCUUGACCUGCUGCAUGCUGGCCCAACAUCUAUUCGUCUCUUUGCAAAAGUGAUUCCCUUGGAGAUCUGCAUGCCACGUGUGCCAGGAAUAGGGUCUGCUCCACCAGUGCUAAAAGGAACAGAACUAGUGGACAGGCUCACCCACUCUCCUCGAAUCAUCAAGACUCAUCUUCCAGUCCAGUUUGUGCCAAAGUCCUUUUGGGAGCAAAACUGCAAGAUCGUCUACGUGGCCCGCAAUGCAAAGGACAGUGUGGUGUCUUACUUCCAUUUUGAACGCAUGACUAUGGUUCACCCAGAGCCUGAAGACUGGAGCAGCUACCUCCAGAGAUUCAUGGAGGGAAAGAUGGUCUUUGGAUCCUGGUACGACCAUGUGAGCGGCUUUUGGGAGAAGAAACAGCAUUAUCCAAAUCUCCACUACAUGUUCUACGAAGAUCUGAUCAAGGAUACUGGACAAGAACUAAACAGACUCUGCUGCUUUCUUGGUUUGUCUCCUUCAACUGAGGAGAAGGAAGCGCUUCUCAGAAGAGUGCAGUUUGAUGAAAUGAAAGAGUAUGACAAGGUUAACCAAUCAACGGUCGGAGUGAUGGAUUUCAAAAAAUCUUCCUUCAUGAGGAAAGGAAGAGUUGGUGACUGGAAGAACCAUUUCACUGUGGCCCAGAGUGAAGAGUUUGAUGAAGACUACAAGAAAAAGAUGAAGAAUCCUACCCUGCAGUUUCAUACUGAAGUGUAGAGGUUGUGAAGAGUCCUGAACUGAGAUGUGAUCAAACAGAUAAUCACGCUGAUGUUACUGAGUCUGAUGUUUAGUUUUAUUGACAAGAAUAUUGUCUGUUCUGUGGAGGACAUUUGUUCUUAUAAUGAUAACAACAGAUGUUAUAAAAUUGUCAAAGAAUUUGCAAAAAGCAAAUCAAAUCUUUAUGAAUGUCAGACUUUGGCAUUUAUGCAUUUGACCCAUGUUGACUGUUGAAGUGAUGAUUGCAUUUGUAUUUACCUAAAUUAACUGAAUUCAAUUUCAAAGAUUUCCUGGAAAUUACAGAUGACUGCAGUGGCACUUCAAAUAUUUUGUACAAUGCAUCAAGACUCAUCUUCGCUGUUUUUGCCAGGGUCCUCAGUGGGCUGUAUGUUACUGUUAUUACUAGGUCUGAAGAUCAGAAACUGAGUAAGGGGACUGAUGACAGUUUAAAUAAUGAAACCACUGAUGUUUGACCAUCACUGUGCAGAACAUUUUAUGUGCAGAGUUUGUUUUCAUCAAGCAUCAACCUUUGGGGCUGAAAAAACAAAGCCGGCAGGAAGUACCAUAAACUGAGGUUCUUUGAUGGCCACUUGAGGCUGGCUCCAGGCACCAGUCAAUCCCUAUAGACCCCCAUGUUAAAAUGCCCAACUUAACAGCAGAAAUAAACAUGUUUACAGCCUGGUACAAAAACUGUUUUGGUCUCUGUAACUAAUUUAGCCCUUCAUGGCAACUGUACAGGGAUUGAAUUUUAAUAUUAUGCACCGGUUUACAAUUUAUGAAGGCUUACUCAUAUUUAGCGGCAGGCUGUUUUGAGAGACAGGCUGUCUGCUGGAAAAACCUUUUCCCUUUCCUCUCUUCUGAGGUUUAGGCUUGCACAAAUCACAGUACAAAUUUGCUGACAGUGGCUCCCUAUGUUGUCCAACACACUCCCAGUGGUACCACUGAUGAGGGCAGUAUAGGGGCCUUUCCCAACCCAAUAUAAAAAUGUAAUAUUGUCAUACAGACAUUAACAACUUAAAGCUUACAUGGAUCAAAUACCCUUCCCUAGUCUCUAGAAAACAGUCAUGUUCAGUUGAUUGUAAAGUGUUGUAUAUUGUAUAGAUUAUUGGGAAAUGUAGAAAGAAAAAAAAGCAUCUUAAAAGCAUCAAAGUGAAAAACACGAAGAUGUUUACAUAAAUGUAAAUAUAUUAAUUGAUUUAUCAAGUUAUUUAUUUCUUGUAAUGAAAAAGGGAUAGCAUAUGAAGCUCAGCGUAAGUUCAACCAGGAAGACCUUUCUCGUGCUCACCCUUUCACAUUUUUUUCCAUCCCACUCUCCACUACUCCCUCUAAUCAGCUGACUAUAGGAGUAACUCCUCUAGUUAUCCAAUCACACUUUGCCAGGAUCUCUCAGCCAAUCAGGAUGCCACUGCAAAAUUUUAAAUCUGCUCUC